AUGGCAGAUUUGUUUAUUGAGCAGGCAAAGCAAUAUUCAGAGACAAGGCCCAGUUAUCCACAGGAAUUGUUCCAAUUCAUUGCAUCAAAAACUCCAUCUCAUGAUCUUGUUUGGGAUGUUGGCACUGGAAGUGGCCAGGCUGCAGUAUCUUUGGCAAAGAUCUACAAGAAUGUGGUGGGCACAGACACAAGCCAAAAACAACUUGAUUUUGCUGCUAAACUUCCAAAUGUAAGAUACGUAUGUACACCUCCCAAAAUGUCCGUUUCUGAGAUUGAACACAGCAUUGCACCACAAUCCAGUGUUGAUUUAGUGACCAUUGCUCAAGCCAUGCACUGGUUUGAUCUUCCAACUUUCUACGACCAAGUGAAAUGGAUAUUGAAAAAACCCAAUGGAGUAAUUGCUGCUUGGUGCUACACAGUACCAGAAGUCAACCCACAGAUCGACUCUGUGUUUCAAAGAUUUUACUCCGUUGACAGUCAUCCGUAUUGGGAGCAAGAACGGGAUUUGGUUGAUCUUAAAUACAAAACCAUUGAUUUUCCAUUUGAGCCCGUUGAUGGAGUUGAUCAUACUGGGCCAAUUGAAUUCAAGGCUGAGAAAUUGAUGGAUUUGGAUGGAUAUUUCACAUAUAUAAGAUCAUGGUCUGCCUACCAAAUUGCCAAAGGAAAGGGUGUGGAGCUAUUGACAGAUGCUGUUUUAGAAAAUUUUAAGGUUGCUUGGAAUGCUGAUGGGAAAAGCCAGAAGAUUGUCACUUUUCCUGUUUAUUUGAGGAUUGGCAAAGUUGGGUUAUCAAAUUGA